GUCGAGUAUCGAUUUUUCGAAGCAUGCGCUUACCUACGAUAUUCCUGGCAGUCGGGAGCUGAAUGGUUUAGUAAAGAUGACCGUCUGAGAACAUAUUGCACAAAAGCAGCACAAAUUUUCGUCUUAUUGGUUUAUCUCUUCUUUUUCCAAGACUUUUCGUACCGUCCCGGUCUUCGGCUUUCUUAAAAAAGGAAAAUCGAUAGAUAUCAUGCCAGGCUCUCGCAAAAUGAUCCUCAAACACGUAAUGUCCGGCAUCUGCACGAAAAUGAAUAGAACGAAGCAACUGCCCUCGGAUUUGAUGGAAACCCCUCUCAAUCGAUGUCUGAACACCUUCGACAUCACCCUUUUGGGUAUCGGCCAUAUGGUAGGAGCCGGCAUAUACGUCCUCACAGGCACGGUGGCGAAAGACAUAGCCGGUCCCGGUAUUAUCCUGUCGUUCCUGCUGGCCGGAUUUGCCAGUUUGCUAUCGGCCCUGUGCUAUGCAGAGUUCGGCACCCGGGUGCCUAAAGCCGGUUCUGCCUACGUCUACACUUACAUAAGCAUCGGCGAAUUUUGGGCUUUCGUGAUUGGUUGGAACAUACUGCUCGAGCAUAUGAUAGGUGCCGCUUCUGUCGCUAGAGCCUGGAGCGGUUACAUCGACUCCCUUUUUGGAGGAGUAAUAAGUAACGCUACGAUUGCUGCCACGGGGGAGCUUCACGAGCAACUGUUGGGGAAGUACCCGGAUUUCUUGGCGUUUGCCGUGUGCAUUGCGUACGCCUUUCUCCUCGGCAUUGGUGUGAAGGGCUCGGCGGUAGUGAACAGCAUGCUGACCAUUAUCAAUCUGUCGGUAAUGGCUUUGGUGAUUGUCAUGGGUUUCUAUUACGCUGACCAGGAGAAUUGGACCUCACGGAGUGGUGGAUUUUUGCCCUUCGGUUUCGGUGGAGUGAUCGCAGGGGCUGCGACGUGUUUUUACGCGUUCGUGGGGUUCGACAGCAUCGCCACAUCGGGCGAGGAAGCCAAAAAUCCCUCGUUUUCCAUACCCGUGGCGACGAUAAUAUCCAUGGGGGUGGUGAUGCUCGGUUACGUUAUGGUAUCGGCGGCGUUAACUCUCUUGGUGCCGUAUUACGAAAUUAAUCCGAGUGCCGCACUUCCAGAAGCUUUCUCACACGUCGGCAUGCACUGGAUUAAAUAUGUCGUGUCACUGGGUGCAAUUUGCGGCAUGACCACCACUCUUUUCGGAUCGUUAUUUUCCCUGCCCCGUUGUCUCUACGCCAUGGCCGUCGAUGGACUCCUAUUUGGAUUUUUGGGCAACGUGAAUACGAAAACGCAGCUACCCCUUGUUAACAUGGUCAUAUCCGGUUUGUCGUCGGCACUCAUAGCGCUGUUUUUCGACUUGGAAAAGCUGGUAGAAUUCAUGUCCAUCGGGACGCUGUUGGCUUACACUAUCGUAAGCGCGAGUGUCAUCAUUUUAAGAUACAGGCCCAGUUUUGAAACUACCGCAACGAAGCCAACGUCCACCCCCGGUUCGGAAAUAUCUGCUUCCACUUCGGAACUUACGACCCCCGCCUCGGAAAUUGUCAACCUCACUGGCACUCUGCGGGUGCAAUAUGGCUGGUUGGGACCUAUUUUUGGCAAUUGCGCUCCUGGUAGCGUGGUCACUGGAGCAGUUUUCGUCUUCACCACUUUCAGUUGCGCCCUCUGCACUCUCUUUCAGGUAUCGAACAAAGACUUGAGAGAGGGCAUUUGGUGGACGCUAAUGUUGGCGACAUUUUUCGUUCUGGUAAUGGGAGCAAGUUUGUUGGUUAUAACAGCGCAUCACCAAAAUUCGGCUGGGCUUCGGUUUAAAGUACCGAUGGUGCCCUACGUACCGGCUUUGAGUAUAUUUUUCAACAUAGAAUUUAUGGUGCACUUAAAUAUACUCACCUGGUUGCGGUUUUUUGUCUGGAUGAUUGUUGGAAUGCUGGUCUACUUUUUAUAUGGUAUUCAUCACAGCAAAGAGGGAGAAGGAAACGCCACUUAUUCCAUAUUAAUGACGUCUUCUGAAGCAGUCAAAGAGACUUGGGGCUCUACUACCAAAACCAACCUUAAGGGUGCACUAAUGAGAAGGAAGUCGUGUUCGGGCGAUCGAAGUGCCAUAAUCAACGUUAUGGACGAAGAGACGACAGAUUAAUAAGAACACCGACUUAGGAACAAAGGAAAACCCUAGCUUGACAGUGAUAUAUCUCAACUCAAUGCCACCGAGUAGUUCCAUUAGCUGUUUGACUUAAACUUAAUAACAGUAUAUUUUUUCAGACAUCGUUAUAUAUUUUGUGAAAUGUUCAAAUACGCUGGCGAUUUAAAAGACACAAGUAGAACCUGUAAAAAAUAUAGAGAUUCUAGAGAGACUAUUGUAAAUAUAUUACGCUUAUUGUCCGUUAAUAAAGUGCUAUU